AUGUCUGCAAAGAGCAUAAAGUUUAUGCUGAAAAAUAUUGCAAAAAAACAUGCGGCUAUUGUGGAGGUGGAGGAGGUGAGUGAAAGUGGCGAAAACGGUGGAGAUGGAGGCGAUGAGAACGGUGAAAGUGGCGGAAACGGUGGAGACGGAGGCGAUGAGAAUGGUGAAAGUGGCGGAAACGGUGGAGAUGGAGGUAGUGAAAAUGGAGGAGAUGAAGACGACGAGUAUGGAGAGGAUCACGAUUACGGAUACGACGAAGACGAGCAAUAA